UCCCCAUCUUCAAAGAUCAACUGUUACAGAAACAUUUGUCGGUCCUCUCUCUCUAGAAAGUGAAAAAGGGGAAUAAAUAAACUACGCACCACCGUCUGUCUCCCACACCGUUAAUCCCACACAAAUUUCUUAUCGAAAGGAUCAACUUAUUCCCCGAUAAUUUUGCAAAACAACAUCCUAGAACAAUCAUUUACCGUCGAAGAGUUUGAGAGUGGAGCUUUUCUAGUCCUUUGAAGAAACCUACUAUGGCAACGAAUGAAAAUCUUCCACCAAAUGUUAUAAAACAGUUGGCUAGGGAACUCAAGAAUCUUGACGAAACCCCUCCCGAAGGAAUCAAAGUGGGUGUUAAUGAUGAUGAUUUUUCAGUAAUAUAUGCUGACAUUGAAGGACCCGCUGGUACUCCUUACGAAAACGGUGUUUUCCGCAUGAAGUUGAUAUUGUCUCGUGAUUUCCCUCAAACGCCCCCUAAAGGCUAUUUUCUUACCAAGAUUUUUCAUCCGAAUAUUGCGACCGAUGGGGACAUUUGCGUCAAUGCCCUGAAGAAAGACUGGAAUCCGAGCCUUGGUUUAAGACACGUGUUGAUUGUAAUAAGAUGCUUAUUAAUCGAACCGUUUCCGGAAUCAGCUUUAAAUGAACAGGCUGGCAAGAUGUUGCUUCAAAAUUACGACGAGUACGCUAGACAUGCGAGGCUUUACACGGGAAUACAUGCCAUCAAGCCGAAGUCAAAAUCGAGAACUGGAAAUGUUGACCAUACGAACACUACUGCAGUGAAGUGCUGUAUGGAACAGAAGAACGGUGUUGUUCCAAAAAUGCCCAUGCCAUUGGCUCCGAAAAUAGAAAAUUUGCUAGAUCAGACGGCUGAUGUGGCAUCAUCGAUCGAGGGUGGAUUAACGGCACAGAAGAAGGAUAGUGGAGUUAGCAAAGCUCCAGCAGGCAAAAAGAAAAUGGAUGCCAGAAAGAAAAGCUUGAAGAGACUAUGAAUGCUUUCUUUAAAUUGUUAUGAUAGACUUUUAUGUUUUCUUUUAAUUACAUCAAAUAAAUAAUUAGAAAAUUCUGUACCAAAAUAUUUGUUUCUUUUGUAGUAAAUUUUUUGCCCAAAAUUA